AUGGAAACAACCUCGGAAAGCGGGCUGGGCAAGCGGUGGUUUGGUAAAUUCGUGGAUUGGUUGAAAAAAAUAAAUACCGUCGAAGCUGGAAAUGACGGAUUCCUCAACACGGCAUUCCAGAAGGGCUUCCUUCUGUAUCGAGCUGUCAAAGGAUGUGCUCGUCGAACCUUCUAUGCAGAGAUGAUGUACCUAGAUGCUGAUAUUCAGAUGGAUGCGACAUACGCAUACUAUCUCUCCGGAACCAUCGUACCAUUGGAGUGGACGAUACUUACGGGUACUUGGUGGAAGAAGCUGAUUGACACACUUUCUUACCCUGGAUUGAGUAUUAAGGGUAUUGCAACUGUUGGACCUAGCUUGGAUAUAUACGGGCGGAUUCGCGGUAGUGUUACUCUGAGUGGUCAUGCCAAGGCUGGAGCCCGAGUCCACUUUGGCCGUGCAGAGCUCUACUUCCCACAAGACGAAGAGGGCACUAAAUGUGAUAAGGACUACGAUAAGAUCUCAGACAUCAAAUCUCAACAACAGCGACCGAAGACUGGCCUAGAGCCGCAAUUCUUCGCAUCCGCACAAGCAUCCGCAAAUCUUGCCAUUGAUGUUUCCCCCAACGCAAAGAUUGGUAUCGAGGUAGGACCGUCCGUUCUGGGCAAAGGAAAUUUGGUGAAUGCGCAGAUUAUUGCUUUCCUCAACAGCACUCUUGAUUUCUCCGCUACUGUGACUGGAUCAGUUAGGACCGGCACAAGUCCUACGUACUGCUACAAAUACGGUGCCUAUCUCUACUACAAUUUAGGUUAUGGAGGAUUCGCAACGUGGAACUGGCAUUUCACACCAAUCUACCUCUACAGCAUCCCAGGUCAGAAAUACACGAUCUAUGAGAACAGUAACGUCGAAUCCGACGCGACGCUCAACUCAAACAGAGAUGUCAAGAUAAUGCCAGCCAAUGAUGAAAAGGGAAUUUUCCAUGACGAUGAUGAUGAGGACGCAGUUUGGGAUGAUGGCGGCCUCGAGCCAUACGUUCCACCGGCGAGCCAUGUUCACCACCGCAGAAGUCAUAUGCACCUUCAUCACAAAUUACACGACUCUCAUCAUGAGAAAGCCAAUGCUACAACACCCAUUCCCGAUAUGGGUUCUGUGAUAUUCAAAAGAGCAGACGAUGAUGGUGGUAAAAAGAAUGAUACGGCGAGUAGUUCCAAGUUCAGCGGCUCCCAGAAGUUCUCAUGCCCUAAGUCUGGCAACAAGGAGCCAACCCUUCCAGAAUUGCGCUACUGGGAACCCACGGAUCCAGAGAGGAACAGGUACUGCACCAAAGAAAACAAGAAACUUAAUCAGGAUGCCGGGGCAACUCCCGAGAAAAGAUUGAUCAGCUGCGAUGAGUUUCCGUUCGGUGGAGCUGGAGAAGGCGGGGAAUGGGGGCCAAAUACAGACCACAGAGAAGGCCUCCAACUGCAAAUUGCGUGCCUGACUGGCAGCAGUCGCUGCAGGGAAAUUGCAACGGAAAACUCAGACCGAACCCUUGGCUAUAACUUCACGCGCAAUUUUACUAUGGCCCUCGCCUACGCAACGAGUCUUUCAGAUACGCCUGAUCAAUGGGGCAAGAUGGCGCUCCAGGAUUUCCAGAUAAAGACCUACCCUUCUGAGAGCAAAGCUUUGCGCGUUCUAUGUGCGGUAAAUUUGUUCAAUCAUCCGGACGUCUAUCGGUACGCAAAGAGUGGUAACGGGUAUUGCUACGAUACACGCAAGGGCAUGAGAAAUCAAGCGGCUCCCACUCAGUGGAGUAAGCGAAGCCAGGAUGAGCCGAUGGAAGCGAAUGAUGCAUAG